AUGCGCGUAUUGCCGCGUCUAGCUUCUGUGGCUGCAAUCGCCGUCUCUGUCUUCGUCUGUAGUGGCGAUUCCUCGUCGCUGCCCACCGUCACGCUUGACUACUCGACCGUCCAGGCCGUCGGAGGCAACUCCACCGCCGGGUACUACAAGUUCCAGAACAUCCGCUUCGCCAAAGCUCCCGUUGGUGAUCUGCGCUUCGCCGCACCGCAAUGGCUCGACGUUGAAGCAGACAUCAAUACUGGGAACCUCGCUGAUACCGACGUCGACUGCGCGUCAUCGGAGGACUGUUUGUUCCUGGAUGUGUGGGCUCCUGUUGACGCCGUGGGGAGGAACCUCCCCGUGUUGGUGUACAACUACGGCGGUCGGUUCAAGCUCGGUUCCAAGUCGGUGAACACGCCCGAGGGCCUGUUCGAACUGUCGACGGACUUCAUCUACGUGGCCUACAACUACCGCUUGGGGCUCACGGGGGUGGCCACAGGCCCGACGUACCAGCACGAGGGCGGUGUCUCGAACCUGGCUGUCUGGGACGCCACGCACGCCUUCGAGUGGGUGCAGAAGUACAUUGAAAACUUCGGAGGCAACCCGAGCGACGUCACGGCGGUGGGUUUUUCAGCUGGCGGCUCGCAGAUCGGGUUCCAGAUGACUCGCUUCGGCGGCAACGCGCCUCAGCUGUUCCAGAAGGCGUACAUCAUGUCUCCCGGUUAUCUCCCGAGUGCGGGCCACCACCAAGCGGAGCAGUUCUGGCAGAAUGUAUCGAGUGCUGUCGGCUGUGAGGGAGGCCACUUGGCCUGCAUGCGAAAGAUCCCAUUCGGUACGCUAGCAAACGCUACGACGGAGAUCGUGAACGCGUAUUCGUACACGCUGCAGCCUCGCGUGGACGGCUUCAUCCUCCCUAACACGUACGAGGCCAGCGUAUACCAGGGCCACUUCAAUUUUUCUGGUCCGUGCAUACUCACCCACGAACAGCACGAGUUUAACAGCGUUGCCUAUGACGGUGUUGAGACUGAAGAGGACGCAUUUGCGGCCUUCCGCGUACUGUUGCCGAGGAUCACCGACGAUACGAUUGAAGCCGCACUGGAGCUGUACCCAGCGGAGAACUAUGCGAGUGCCGGUCUUCGUUUCAGCGAUAUCCGACAGUCGUUUGAAAUAACGGCGAAGAACCACGUCUUGACGAAGGCCUUGAACAACCAAACCUGGAAUGGGGAGGUCGGCAUCAGUCCCGCCAAGCACGGCACGGACCAAAGCUACUACUUCUACAGCACGCACAAGUUCUCGACCUCUUCGAAUGAUACGACUACUACCACUUUCAACGCGGCGGAGGCGGCGCUGGUUGGAGCUAUCACUUCUCCCGUGGAUCCGACGAUCGCAAGGCAAAUGCAGAAGUACCUCCUCUCAUUCGUGCUCACUGGAAACCCCAACUCGGUCUGGCCCGACGACAAACUGUAUUGGCCGCGGUACAAUGAAUCGGCUGUGGGGGCGCAGAUCGUGAUGAACGAUAUUUUCUCGGUUGUAGACGACAGUCUGGCCAACUCGAAGAGUCUGUUCUGGAACAAGGCCCUGUGGUUCUAA